AUUAAUUAGACUCGUUUUAAUUUCAUUAUCCUCACAAGAUUCUAUCACGUAUGUGAACUCUUACAUUCCUCGUAUAAUAAAGUGAUCGAAAUUAGUAAAUCGUUUCUCGCGUCGCGUUUAUUUGAAACGAAAAAAAUCGCGAUCGUGUCGCGAAUAAAAUUCACAUCUCGUCGAUUUUCUUACUCAAUUAUUCGUUUGUUAAGGUCGACGAGGGGGCGCUCAUGGGUCACGUGAUCGGAGAUUACUCGCGGGCAUCUUCAGUUGUCAGUUGUAUCACAUUACUCGUCGGGUUCGCGAACGAGCCGUGACAGCUCUGUGAUUUUUCGCGUCGUUUACACGUCGACGGUGAAUUUUGUGCGCGAACGAGGGUCGGGAGUGUCGUAUCGAGUAACGGGUGAUCGUCUGAUAAUGAGUGUAAAUAUCAGAUCGAACGAGAUCGAUGGACCUUCGUAAUCGGCGUGAAUACGAUCUACGCGCGUACGUCAUACACUACGUGACGUCACUGGCGAGAUAUGGCGCCAAAAUUCUUACACGAGUUUUAAAUAUCAGUCCGUGACAGUCAGUGUGUUCGAGAGUCAUAUCAGAAUAUCUGACGUUGCGUUGAUAUGACGGUGACGUAUAGUGUGCGUUCAGCUUUAUUCGAGCGCCAGUGUCAAGAGGAUCGUCGAGGGAUUUGAGAGUAACGAAUUUUCAUCGAGACACAAGUGAUCUCUCUUGCGAUAUUCUAGUGUGCUUCGCCAUUUUCGGCAACCGGAUUUUCUACCGGUGAACGAUCUUGAUUCCGAUAAACCGACGCGUGUGUAUCUCGUGUCAUUUAUUCUCGCGAGUCCAAGUGCGUGUCUGUAAAAUGUCCGGGAGUGCCGUACGAAGUAACGGGCGAUCGUUAUGGAAGAAUUACUCGGUAUUGUGUGUGUGAGAGAGAUCGCAAGAGCAAUCGCAGCGUGUCCACGUGGAUGAUCAUUUUGGAUGGCGCGAAGGAACAGCCAGCAGCAACCAGACAAAGGGAGGAGUGGAAGCGAUACAUCGACUGAAGUUCUGUUUCACCGUGAAAUGGAGCGCUCGAAUAGAUCGCGCAAAUAACGCGAUCGCAAUUGAUCCUGCGGACAACAUUCGUGAGAAAGGGUCCUCAUCCACUUGGGCAUUUUCGACGAGGCGCUGCUCCGUUAACCGACACUCGUGUGCAACAUGUUCGGGACGAAAUUGCGCACGUGGAUGGAGGCACACAUCGUGCGAUCGAAGAAGAAGAAGGACCGGAAGAAGGGUGACAAGGGAUUCGACUCGAACUGCAACUCCCCUAGGAGCCACAGCGCCAACAGAUCACCUGCUUUGCAUCAGGUACAUCCGAUAGACUCACCGACGAAGAACGUGGACGGUAUCCGGUUGCACGAGGGCGGCUACGGGGCGACCGUGACCACAUCGUCCGGCACUUCCGGCGGUACCGCCGGAAGCGUGAGUCUCUCCUCGCCGGAGAGCGCGUACUCGACCGGCUACUCGACCGACGGCACUUCGCCCGGCACCAGUUUCCCGCCCGAAUAUUACAUCAACAUCAGGACUGGCACUCACUACUUCCAGAGCAGCGAUAACGGCGGUGCGAACACUACCACCACCACCACCAUUACCAAUAACAAUAACAACAAUAGCAAGGCCAGGACGAAGAGGUCGCCGGGUGACGCCGGGAAUCUACUACCGGGCGCAUCGGGAAAUGGAAGAGUCGAAGACAGGGGACAGUCAUCCGCGAACACGACGAACAUGACCAGGGAUAAUGGUCAGCCGGAAGUACGAACCAGCACGCCACACAAAAACACGGAAACGAAUCAUAAUCAGAGGCAGCAACAGCAGACGCAGCAACCGAGGCAGCAAGGGAGCUCGCAUCGCCGAACGGAGUCGUUUUCGGCCGAUUCAUCGAGGAACAACCUGCCCGUACCGUCGUCGAUACCGCCGCCGUUGGUUUCGCCACCGGUGCAAUCGCCCCGCGAACGUUCCCGCAUCCGGACGAACCCGUGGCUGUCGGCAAACUCGUCUGGUUCCAGCACGAAUGGCCUGAAAUCGCGACACGCCCGGGACGAGAGCAGCGGCAGCUCCGGCUUGAAGCUCACGGAGUCAUCGGGCAGCGCCAGCGACGUCAACCUGAAUCUGAACAACAGCAGGGAGUCUCAGGGCAGAAGGGAGCAUCGUCAGGAGAGCCUCAGCGCAGGUCGAAGCCCGAUCAAUCAAAACUGGAGGAUUACAUCGGGCCUGGAUCUUCGACCCAAGAUUCCUCUAUCUUUGCAACGACGAGCCAGCAGCAGUAGCUCCUCGGCAUCCUCGGUGACGCGAAGCGCGCGUUCGUCAGAGGACGACAUCACCCUGAACGAGAUGAUGGGCAAGUUCGACGAGAGCUACGUGUACGAGAAGGAAACGGAUAUCCUGUCGGACAGCGAUCCGACCGACUGCGAGGAUUACAUCGACUCGCUGUCGGACAUCGAUACCGGCCAGGAUGGCGGCGACGAGAACGAUCCGUUCGAGAACGACGAGCUCGAUUACAUUGACAACGGCUCGUUUCUCGAUCUGGACAACCUGGAGUGCGGUGGCGCCGGCCAUUUCCCCAAUACCGGCCACUGUACUUACUUCGCCUUCACAAGCGAAUUGAACAGGCGCGGCACCAGGCUCCGCGACUCCAUUCUCAAGCGCAGGAACAAGGAUGAGAUCGGCUCUCAGAGAAAUGCGAAUGCAAGAGCCAGCGCGAAAAGACAGAGCGCGCGACACAAGAAGACAGAUGACAAGCAGAGCGAGAAACGCAAGAAGAGGAUAUCGCAGCGUCGCAAGCCUGCUCUGGACCGAUGCGAUGAUGAGACAGCGAAUUUGAAUCGCGUGCUGGUGGAGAGGAUGCUACUGAAGAAUUCAGGAUUCAAUCAGGGCAGCAGAAGCGUGGGCGGCACACCGAUGUGCCUGCGACGCAGGAAGCACGAUGUCAACAAGAAUCUCUCGCCGAUGAGGGUGAACGAUAACUCGUCGGUCGUCAGACCCUCCGUAAUCGAGAAUGAGAUCGUGAAGAGACGAUCAAACUCGGUGAGCUACGUAAACGGCAACAUAGUACGGCGCCAUGUAGCCGGCAACACGUACAUGACUACAUUUGCGUCGGAGAUCGCGCUGAUGGAGGCCGAUAAAGAGGCCGAUCGUAAAUAUCGUGAACUCAUCUUGGAGGCGGAGAACAUUCUCGUGAGCAUGCAGAAGCACCAGAACCCGUCACUGUGCAUACCAUCUCCAUCGCGUAAACUGCACAACGGUCUGGCUAAUAAGCGCGUCGAGCUUAUCAAGAAUACGGAGUUGAACAUUGAGUUGGCGCUAUCCAAGAGCCGUAAUUCCCAACCGGAAUUACAAAGCGGUAACAUUCGGGAUCUGGAGCACACUAGUCCGAAACGGCAAUUCACUCAGCCGUGUUCACCGAUCCACCGAUUCAUGGAGAGAAACUCGCCGGCUGGAACUUUCGCACCGAAGGAGCCUUCUCCGCCCGCCUUUCGACAACAUGAAUUUUCUAAGUGUCCGGAUUCGCCGGCAAUGCUGCGCAGGACGACGCCCCAGAGCUCGCCCAGCAGAAGCCUGAUGCAUCACCAGAUACAUCGGACACGCAAUGGUGGUGAUCCAGAACCCAAGGAAUGCAACAGAUCGCCUCGAAUCGCUUUGAAUUGCAACGGCGGAUCGAGAGUGGAAGCGGUAGACAUGAAGAACUCUCAUGGGGAUAAGAUGCACGCGAACGGGAUGAGUUCCUCUCUCGCCGGAGGUAGAAAGGAGUUUCGCGCCGCGAGAGAAUCGACAAAGGAGGAAGGUGUGACGUCCAGCUCGUCGGAUUCCGAGGAGAAAUGUGACGUAAGACGAAGGGCUCCGUUGAUGACCUUCAGGUCAAUCGACAUGGGUCCCAUUAAAGAAGGUUCUUCUUAUUGUCCGCAAAGUGAACCGGUGAAAAGGAAGGUGUACGCCGGAAGCGCAACAUAUGGCAGAAUACAAAAGACACUGGGCGAGCACAUUAUGCUGAGAAACUCUGACGGCGAUACAGCGACAGAUGAUACUGAUGAUUCAAGAAGAUCUCUGAAGGAGAAAAUGGCGCAAUUACGACAAGUACGACUGGCAGCUGAGGCAAACGCGAACAACAUCCAGGAUUCACAGUUCUUCCAGCAUCAGCUGUCUCAGCUACGACGGCAGAUGCUGAUGCAGACGAUAGAGGGUCUGAAACGCAGUCUCGAAGACCAAUCAGCCACUCUGAAACAAACUUGUCUGGAACCGACGACCCUGUUGACCGACGAGUUGCCUUGAAGUUAACCGGUCAACUUGUUUCCGGUCUAUCAUGCCGCACGAUCAUGACUAAAGAAUUUACGACAUUUCGCUCUACUCCUUGUUCGAGGAAAAGAUGGACAUCGGACAGGAUCGAAGUUACGAGUCCUUGGCGAAUCCGCGAUUGGUUAACUCGCCGCGCGCACUGCGAGAAGUAUUGAUCAAGUGCGGCGUUUUCUCCAUGCGCGCCGAAUACCGAAUUAUUAUAAUGACGCGAUCCUCCUCGGGCUCGACGAUACCGUGGUCGGCUGAGUGCGGGUGGUGCGCACAUUAAAUCUCUAUUUUUCUGUCCGUCUACAUGAUAUGUAUGCAUGAGAGAAAGUGAAAAAGGAAAGAAGAGAGAAAGAAAGAAUCGAAAUUGAGAAUGUCGUGUAUCCUUGUUGGGCAUUGUUCCACUCUGUUAUUCGUUUCACACAGUAAUUAACGUUUCUCACGAACUUUCCUUUCGUCUUUUAGUUUGCAACUUCGCGCAAAUAGGCCGACUUUCGGUUGCCGCUUUAGAUUAGCUUUCGCUAGCUCGAUUCUCAUCGUUCGAUUUAUCG